AUGGUUUUUAAAAUUUUCAAUAAAUUAUAAAAAUUUAAUAAUUAAUUAAAAAAAAUAAAAAAUUAAAAAUGCUUUUGAUAAAGCAAAGCAGAUCUCUUAUCUUUUAUCAGCAGACACCAGAGAAGAAGAAGACAUCGGUUCUUAUUCUUUUGAGCAUUUAAGAAUGGGAGGCGCAUACUGGACAAUUGGCGGCCUAAGCUUAUUAAAAAGUUUAAACGAAGACAGAAAAGAAGAAAUCGUCAACUGAAUUCUCCAAUGCCAGCAUGAAAACGGCGGCUUUGGAGGGAAUUUAAAGCAUGAUCCUCACAUAACAAAUACACACUACGCAGUUUUGGUGUUGGCACUUUAUAAUUCGCUGCACCUGAUCGAUCCUGAUAGAAUUGCAUCAUACAUAGCUUCACUUCAAAAUCCUGAUGGCUCUUUUAAAGGAGAUGAAUGGGGAGAGACUGAUCUUCGCUUUAUUUACUGUGGAUUUUCAAGCUUGAAAUUGCUGAAUAGACUUCAUAAAAUUGAUGUUCAGCUAUCUGUCGAUUAUAUUCUUAGAUGCAAAAAUUUUGAAGGUGCUUUUGGAGCUGUUCCAGACGCUGAAUCUCAUGCAGCUUAUACUUUUUGUGCAGUUGGGGCACUUGCGGUUGUUGAUAGGCUUGAUUUAAUUGAUGCAGACGAGCUUGGAUAUUGGAUGAUGCUCCGGCAAACUGAAUCAGGCGGCUUUAAUGGGAGACCUGAGAAACUCCCAGAUGUCUGCUAUUCUUGGUGGAUCCUUUCUACUUUCUUUAUGAUAAACAGACAGCAUUGGGUUAAUUAUGAAGCUUUGUCUGAAUUUAUUAACAGAGCACAAGAUUUAGAAGGCAAAGGAGGAAUAGCUGACCGAGCUGGAAAUGAAACAGAUGUUUUUCAUACCUUUUUUGGAAUUGCUGGACUAUCACUCAUGGGCUAUCACGAUUUGGAAAAAAUUGAUCCUAUUUAUGCUUUACCAGAGCCUAUACUAAAAAAUAUCUUACUCCUCAGAAUCAUUAGUAUCAUUUAUCAAGGACGAGAGUAUGGGAAAAUUUUUUCAUAUAAAAUAUUUUGCAGAAGUAUAAUAUAUUUUGUAAACAUGCUAGAAUUCUCAAUAGAAUUGUAUAGGAGCAAUUCUAUGAUAUAAUCUCUAAGAUUCAUUAAUAUCAAAAAGGGCAGAGAAUUGACUUGAUAUUAGACUGUAUAAAAAUCGUUAUUCAAGGAUGGAGUCUAUUUUUAAACUUUUAAAUUUCCAAUGAAAAUCGUUCAAUUAAGAGGUGGGAUGAAUUAGGUUAA